CCUCGGGGCCCCCCCGCCCCCCUCGGGAAAAAAAUCCACCCCAAAUCACUCGAACCCGAGGGAGGUUUCCUUUCACCCUCGGGAGACGCGCUUUCAACGGUUCCCUCUUCUUCGUCUCCCCCCAAGCCCCCGUCCCCUCCCCUGCUCCCACCCCCUUCUCCCGGCGCCGGGUGCAAGGUCCCUUUAAGGCGACGGCGCCUUCCUCGGGUCAGACUACCGGCGGCGACGACCACGGGAGCAUGGCGGACACCGACCUCUUUAUGGAAUGUGAGGAGGAGGAGUUGGAGCCAUGGCAGAAAAUCAGUGAUGUCAUUGAGGAUUCUGUAGUUGAGGAUUAUAAUUCAGUGGAUAAAACUACUACAGUUUCUGUGAGCCAGCAGCCUGUCUCGGCUCCAGUGCCCAUCGCUGCCCAUGCUUCUGUUGCUGGGCACCUCUCUACAUCCACCACCGUUAGUAGCAGCGGGGCACAGAACAGCGACAGUACAAAGAAGACUCUUGUCACACUAAUUGCCAACAACAAUGCUGGCAAUUCUUUGGUCCAACAAGGUGGACAGCCGCUCAUCCUAACCCAGAAUCCAACCUCAGGUCUGGGUACAAUGGUUACUCAACCAGUAUUGAGGCCUGUCCAGGUCAUGCAGAAUGCCAAUCAUGUGACUAGUUCCCCUGUGGCCUCACAACCAAUAUUCAUCACUACACAGGGAUUUCCUGUAAGAAAUGUCCGGCCUGUACAAAAUGCAAUGAAUCAGGUUGGGAUUGUGCUGAACGUACAGCAAGGCCAAACAGUUAGACCAAUUACACUAGUCCCAGCCCCAGGUACCCAGUUUGUUAAGCCGACAGUUGGAGUCCCACAAGUGUUCUCUCAGAUGACCCCUGUGAGGCCAGGCUCCACAAUGCCUGUGCGGCCCACCACCAACACCUUCACCACCGUCAUCCCAGCCACUCUCACCAUUCGAAGCACCGUCCCACAGUCCCAGUCCCAGCAGACCAAGUCCACUCCCAGCACUUCUACCACUCCCACUGCCACACAGCCGACCUCAUUGGGGCACCUUGCUGUUCAACCUCCAGGCCAGUCCAACCAGACUCAGAAUCCCAAACUAGCUCCCUCCUUCCCCUCUCCACCUGCAGUGAGCAUUGCCAGCUUUGUCACUGUGAAGCGACCUGGGGUUACAGGUGAAAAUAGCAAUGAAGUGGCCAAACUGGUGAAUACCCUUAACACCAUCCCUUCCCUGGGCCAGAGUCCUGGGCCAAUGGUGGUAUCCAACAACAGCUCUGCGCAUGGCUCUCAGAGAACCAGCGGGCCUGAGUCUUCAAUGAAAGUGACCUCUUCCAUCCCAGUGUUUGACCUCCAGGAUGGUGGACGGAAGAUAUGUCCACGGUGUAAUGCUCAAUUCCGUGUUACUGAAGCUUUGAGAGGUCACAUGUGUUACUGUUGCCCAGAAAUGGUUGAAUACCAGAAGAAAGGAAAGUCUCUGGAUUCAGAACCCAGUGUCCCAUCAGCAGCAAAGCCCCCAUCCCCUGAGAAAACAACUCCUGUUGCUUCCACUCCCUCUUCUACACCUAUUCCUGCUCUGUCACCACCUACCAAAGUACCAGAGCCAAAUGAGAAUGUGGGUGAUGGCGUCCAGACCAAGCUCAUUAUGCUAGUAGAUGACUUCUACUAUGGACGGGAUGGUGGCAAAGUAGCCCAGCUCACAAACUUCCCUAAGGUCGCCACAUCUUUCCGAUGCCCACAUUGUACCAAAAGGCUAAAAAACAACAUUCGAUUUAUGAACCAUAUGAAACAUCAUGUAGAACUUGAUCAGCAGAACGGUGAGGUGGAUGGUCAUACUAUCUGCCAGCACUGUUAUCGUCAGUUUUCCACUCCCUUCCAGCUCCAGUGCCACUUGGAAAAUGUUCAUAGUCCCUAUGAAUCAACUACCAAGUGCAAGAUCUGUGAGUGGGCGUUUGAGAGUGAGCCACUGUUUCUCCAGCAUAUGAAGGAUACUCAUAAGCCUGGAGAGAUGCCUUAUGUUUGCCAGGUGUGUCAGUAUCGCUCCUCACUCUACUCUGAGGUAGAUGUCCAUUUUCGGAUGAUCCAUGAGGAUACUCGGCACCUGCUCUGCCCUUAUUGCUUGAAGGUCUUCAAAAAUGGCAAUGCAUUCCAACAGCAUUACAUGAGGCACCAGAAGAGGAAUGUAUAUCAUUGCAACAAAUGCCGGCUGCAGUUUCUCUUUGCCAAGGACAAAAUUGAACACAAGCUUCAGCACCAUAAAACCUUCCGUAAACCCAAGCAGCUGGAAGGUUUGAAACCAGGCACCAAGGUGACAAUCCGGGCUUCCCGAGGGCAGCCACGCACUGUUCCUGUACCCUCCAGUGAUGUCCCUCCCAGCACCUUGCAGGAGGCAGCACCACUGGCCUCCUCAGCGGACCCUCUGCCCGUCUUCCUUUAUCCCCCUGUCCAGCGCAACGUCCAGAAGAGAGCUGUUAGGAAAAUGAGUGUCAUGGGCCGGCAGACAUGUCUGGAGUGCAGCUUUGAGAUCCCAGAUUUCCCUAACCAUUUCCCUACUUAUGUUCACUGCUCUCUAUGUCGCUAUAGUACCUGCUGUUCUCGAGCUUAUGCCAACCACAUGAUCAACAAUCAUGUUCCACGGAAGAGCCCCAAGUAUUUGGCUUUGUUUAAAAAUUCUGUGAGUGGAAUCAAGCUGGCCUGCACUUCAUGUACCUUUGUUACUUCUGUUGGAGAUGCCAUGGCUAAGCAUUUGGUAUUCAACCCCUCUCACAGAUCCAGUAGCAUCCUGCCACGGGGACUCACUUGGAUAUCUCACUCAAGGCAUGGCCAGACUCGUGACCGAGUGCACGACCGGAACUUGAAGAAUUUGUACCCUCCUCCUUCCUUCCCCUCUAUUAAAGCUGCCACUGUGAAAUCUGCGGGGGCCACCCCAGCUGAGCCUGAAGAGCUACCAGCUCCCAUGGCCCAGGCACUCCCGUCACCAGCCUCAACUGCAACCCCACCACCAACCCCCACUCAUCCCCAGCCUUUAGCCCUUCCACCCUUGGCUACGGAGGGGGCAGAAUGUCUGAAUGUCGAUGACCAGGAUGAAGGGAGCCCAGUCACCCAGGAGCCUGAGCCAGCAUCAGGGGGUGGUAGUAGCAGUGUGAUUGGCAAGAAGGAGCAGCUUUCUGUGAAGAAGCUUCGAGUGGUACUGUUUGCCCUGUGCUGCAAUACGGAACAGGCAGCUGAACACUUCCGAAACCCCCAACGACGCAUCCGGCGUUGGCUUCGGCGCUUCCAGGCCUCACAGGGGGAGAAUCUGGAGGGCAAAUAUCUGAGCUUAGAGGCAGAAGAGAAACUGGCUGAGUGGGUGCUGACCCAACGUGAGCAACAGCUACCUGUAAAUGAGGAGACCUUGUUCCAGAAGGCCACCAAAAUAGGACGUUCUUUGGAGGGGGGGUUUAAGAUCUCUUAUGAGUGGGCUGUGCGUUUCAUGCUACGUCACCACCUGACUCCCCACGCUCGGCGAGCUGUGGCCCACACUCUACCUAAGGAUGUGGCAGAGAAUGCAGGACUCUUCAUUGAAUUUGUACAACGGCAGAUUCACAACCAGGACUUACCCUUGUCUAUGAUUGUGGCUAUUGAUGAGAUCUCCUUGUUCCUGGAUACGGAGGUACUGAGCAGUGACGACCGAAAGGAAAAUGCCCUGCAGACAGUGGGCACAGGGGAGCCUUGGUGUGAUGUGGUGCUGGCCAUUCUGGCAGAUGGCACUGUCCUCCCUACCCUGGUUUUCUACCGAGGACAGAUGGAUCAGCCUGCUAAUGUGCCAGACUCUAUCUUGCUCGAGGCGAAGGAGAGUGGCUACAGUGACGAUGAGAUCAUGGAGCUGUGGUCAACCCGAGUGUGGCAGAAGCACACAGCUUGCCAGCACAGCAAAGGCAUGCUUGUGAUGGACUGUCAUCGCACUCACCUGUCAGAAGAGGUGCUGGCCAUGCUUAGUGCCUCUAGCACUUUGCCUGCAGUUGUCCCAGCAGGCUGUAGCUCCAAAAUCCAGCCAUUAGAUGUAUGCAUCAAACGAACUGUCAAGAACUUCCUGCACAAAAAGUGGAAGGAGCAGGCUCGGGAAAUGGCAGAUAGUGCGUGUGAUUCUGAUGUCCUGCUUCAACUGCUUCUGGUCUGGCUGGCUGAGGUGCUUGGUGUCAUUGGGGACUGUCCAGAGCUAGUUCAGCGGUCCUUCCUUGUGGCCAGCGUUCUGCCUGGCCCUGAUGGCAACAUUAACUCACCUACAAGAAAUGCUGACAUGCAGGAGGAGCUAAUUGCCUCCCUAGAGGAGCAACUGAAGCUGAGUGGGGAACAGUCUGAGGAGGCCUCAGCUUCCACUCCCCGACCCAGGUCAUCUCCUGAAGAGACAGUUGAGCCUGAAAGCCUUCACCAGCUCUUUGAGGGUGAAAGUGAGACCGAGUCCUUCUAUGGCUUUGAAGAAGCUGACCUAGAUCUGAUGGAGAUUUAAGUGUUGGGGUCAUGAG